AUGGAUAGGUCAUGGGUGCAUGCUGAUAGGAGAUCUCAUGAAUAUAAGUUAGGGGUGGCAGAGUUUUGUCAGUUUGCUUUGGGAAAUGCUAGAGACCCUAACCGUAUUUGUUGUCCUUGCACAAAGUGUGGAAAUGUGAAAGAUUUUUCUGCACAAGUGAUAAAGGAUCACUUGUUUGUAAAUGGGAUUAACACAGAUUAUGUGAAAUGGACAGAACAUGGGGAGGUUGUAGUGGAGUCGGGAUCAUAUACGGAUAGUGAAAGUCUUGAAUCAGAGCCAAUUGAAUCUGACUCUGUACAGGGUAACAUGAGGGCAGAUUAUGAAGUACAAUUAGAUAGUGGUGUGGAGUUGGAAGGUGAUGAGGAUGAGGAGCUUUCGAGUGAGUGUAAUGAAUUCAAGAAAUUUGUUGACGAUGCCAACAAACCCUUGUACCCUGGUUGCAAUAGGCACACCAAGAUGAAUGUGCUUGUGAGGCUUUACAACUUGAAAGCCAAGCAUGGGAUGAGUGAUUCGGCUUACUCGGACUGGUUGAUUGCCUUUGCUGAGUAUCUGCCGGAAGGAAACGAGAUACCUUCCUCUGUGUACGAAGCAAAGAAGAGUUUGAGUGCAUUAGGAAUGGAUUACACCAAAAUACAUGCCUGCCCUAAUGACUGUAUUCUGUACAGAAAACAAUAUGCCGAUGACACUAUUUGUCCUAAAUGUGGUACAUCUAGGUGGAAAAUAUGCAAAAACAAGAAAGAAAGAGAGGGAGUCCCCGCAAAAGUGUUAUGGUAUUUCCCUCCUAUUCCUAGGUUCAAAAGAAUGUUUCAAUCAACUGAAACAUCAAAGGCCUUAACUUGGCAUGCCACCGAGAGAAACAAGGAUGGCUUAAUUCGCCAUCCUGCAGAUUCUGCGGCUUGGAAGUUGGUAGAUGAAAAAUGGGCAGAUUUUGGUAAUGAGCCACGAAACCUACGACUUGCAUUGUCAUCAAAUGGGUUCAAUCCCUUUAGCUCCUUAAGCAGCAAGUAUAGUUGUUGGCCCGUUAUUUUGGUAACCUAUAAUCUACCUCCAUGGUUGGUAAUGAAGAGGAAACACAUGAUGCUUACCUUAUUGAUAUCGGGCCCUAAACAACCAGGAAACGACAUCGAUGUUUACCUUGAACCAUUAAUAGAUGACUUAAAGCUGCUAUGGGAAGGGGUGAAUGGAGUUUACGAUGCCAUCAAAAAUGAAACUUUUACUCUUAGGGCUCUACUAUUCUGGACAAUCAAUGAUUUUCCAGCGUAUGGUAACCUUUCAGGGAGUAUAGUCAAAGGCUACAAUGCAUGUCCGAUUUGCCUUGAUAAAACAAAACCUACAAGGCUAGUUCACGGGGGAAAGAUGGCUUACACCAUUCAUCGGCGAUUUUUAGGAAGACACCAUCCUUACCGAAAGCUAAGGGCUGCUUUCAAUAACCAGCCAGAACAUGCAGCAGCUCCAGUGCCAUUGACUGGAGAAGAAUUGUUGAGUAGGGUGGAGGCUGAAGUUCCACAUUGGCCGUUUGGAAAAAAAAAACCUGCUCCUGCUUAUAGGGGGCUGAGGAUGAAACUAGGCCAUGUUGGAAGAAGAAGUCGAUAUUCUUUGAGCUUGAAUAUUGGAAGAAAAACCAAAGACGGCUUGAAAACUCGUUUGGACUUGGUGGAAAUGGGUAUAAGAUGUGGAUUGCACCCAAAUCUAGAUGGUCCGAAAAAGAAGCGCUUGCCAUUGGCAAGCUGGAACCUAACAUUAGAUGAAAAAAGAUGUAUGUGUGGAUCAUUUCAUGGCAUGAAGGUUCCUGAAAACUACUCUUCAAACAUUUCAAACCUUGUUUCAAUGGAUGAUUUGAGGCUGAUUGGACUUAAAUCCCAUGAUUGUCAUGCAUUAAUGCAACAGCUGCUCCCAAUUGCUAUCCGAGGGGUGUUGGAAAAACCGGUCAGGGUUGCAGUAAUCAGGCUUUGCCUUUUUUUUAAUGAAAUUUGCAGCAAGACUAUAGAUGCUUCAAGGCUUCCCAAAAUCCAAAGUGAUCUGGUCGAAACUUUGUGUGAGCUUGAGAAGUACUUUCCGCCAUCUUUCUUUGACAUAAUGAUUCAUUUAACAGUCCACUUGGUUAGAGAAGUUGAGCUAUGUGGACCGGUUUGCUUCCGAUGGAUGUAUCCUUUCGAAAGAUAUAUGAAGGUUUGUAAGGGCUAUAUUAGGAAUAAAACGCAUCCGGAAGGGUGCAUUGCUGAGUGUUACAUAGCUGAAGAGGCGCUUGAGUUUUUAGGUGAACUUUUCUUUGAUGAUAGGACUGUUGGCAUCCCAAAAGAAAACAUCACAGCUGACAAGCCUACCUCUGGUGCAACUGUUGAGUCUGUUUAUGGCAAAGAAUUUCAGCAAGCUCAUCUCUGCUCAAACGUAGCUGAGGUUGAUUGCAAGUUGGCAAUAGGUUCUGUUGAACAUAUUGUUGCUUAUGCCACUGUUAUGGAGUGCGAGGAUCCUUCCCAACUCGUUCAUGGCACUCCACUAGGGGAUGGUAAUGUGCGUGUUUCCAUCUAUGCCGCGCUUGAGGAGAAAGCAAAAGUGUCAUUUCCUGUGAAAGAUGAAAUUGAAACAGUGAAGCAGGCUAUGGGGAGUUGGGUCGCAUGGCCUAAACACCUAGUCAUAAAAUCUGCAGUCAAGAAAUUCACUUAA